CGGAAAUUUCAUAGCAAUCAAUGUGUUUGUCACGGUUGUCAUCUGAUUCGGUUAUUGUUUUUUCAGCCUAAUUUGUAUCAAUUCGGUUUAAUCCAAAUACAAUAACAUACAUUUUAAAAUAUUUAAAGAAAGGUAUAUUUGUUUUGUAUUUGUGGUAUUGUACAAACAUUGACUACAGAUGUAAUUUGUAGUUAUUCCUUGUAUAUAACCAGAAUAUGCACAAACAUUUUAAAUAAAAUGAGUCUGGAAAAUAUGGUAAAUAAUUCAUUGUAUUCAAAGGACAGUCCAAAAACAUUUCCUUGGGACAAAUGUGAAGUCUUAACAGAAACACCUAAAAGACAAUUUGGUAAAGAAUUACAAUAUGAUAUCAUUGAAACUUCAUGCAGAAAUAAAGAAAUUAAAUUAUUAACACCGUUGAUUUCAAAACAUAAAAUGAAUUUGUUGCCUAGAUUAUGUAAACAAAAGCCGGAUGAAAAUUUUUCAUCUGAAAAGAAAGAAAAUGCGUUAAAGAGACGCGCAACUGAAGAACUAGAAAAUACUCCUGUAAAAUUGUUAAAAGUCACUGAAAAUCAUUCAGUUCCUAAACCUAGAGCAGUUUUAUUUCAGAAUAAAGGUUAUGAAACAAAACUAAAGAAUAUGACUUUAAGUGCUAGAAACUUUUAUAAUCAUUCUAAUGAAAAGAAAAAUUAUAAAGUAGUGUAUAAAUCAACAGAAUUAAAAUUGCAAAGGCAAAGUCUUACAGGACAUGCAAAAUAUCAAAGGAAAUCACUAAGAAGACACACCAUAGGAGGAAUUAAUGCUGGAGUUUCGCAUGGUAUCAAAAAAGCUAAGCCAAAAACCAAUUUAAAUGUUAAAAAACUUAAUAAUACCACAAAAAUCAUAGAUAAUAUGCAGAAGAAUGUCAAUAUUGCAUCAAAUACAAUAUCCACACAAGAAGUAUCAUCACCAGAAACUGAAUGUAAUAAACACUUUUUCAAAACUAAAAAAUCAUCUAUGAAAAAUUCUGCAACUACAGCUAUAAUAAACAAUAAUAUUAAAUUAAAAAGCCUGUCAAAUGAUAACGUGAAAUUGAGUCCAAAAAACAAGUGUCAAAAUACAAAAGAAGGUCAUAGUAGAACAAAACCUGCAGACAUUUCUUUUGAUACAACUGAUUUAAUGGUUGAUGAACCAGAAUUAGAGAAAACAGUAGAACAAAGUAACAUUGAUAAUAUAUUACAAAUAUUAGAAAAUGAUUGGGCCCAUGAUGAUUAUGAUACAAUGGAUAUGGUAAUGACAAAAAAAUUUGAAAACAUUGCACCUUUAAAACCAGUUGCAAUAUUAAAAGAUGUUACCAUAUCACCAGCAAGUGAACUUACUGAUAUAACAUCAACUAUCAAUAUUAAAGACAUCAGUACACCAAAAACAGAUGAAAAUAUUUCUACAAAUAGUAAAGAUAAAAAAUCUGAUGAAAACGAAUCAGAACACAAAUAUUAUCCGCUAUUUAAUAAAGGACAUUCUACUAAUAAAGUAUUUAACGAAAUUGACAAUAAAUCAAUACAUAACGUAAAAGAAAAUAGAAAUUGGCAAUUAUCUGUAAAAUUAAAUGGUGGUGAAAAUCAAUGUUUAUUAGAUGCAGGUCAAAAGAAUUUUGGAGCAACACAAUGUAUGGAAUGUGGUGUUGUAUAUCAAAUAGGAGAUCCUGAAGACGAAAAUGCUCAUUUAAAUUAUCACAACAAUAAAAAAACUUUAAAAUUUUCGGGCUGGAAAACAGAACGUGUAAUUAUGGAAGAUCUUCUUACAUCAAGUCGAGUAAUUCUGGUAGAGCCAGAUGAUCCAAAACAAUGUUGGAAGAAAGUAGCAGAUGUUUUAGAGUAUGUGGAUAGAGAUUUAGGACUGGUUGAUGCAAAAGUAUCAAAUUAUGAGGGAAAGAGAGUCUACCUGUACAUAAGGGACAAAGCAAUUUUAGGAGUAUUAGUUGCGGAAUAUAUAACAACAGCGUAUCGUAUGAUACCUGAUUUAUUAGAAUUAGAUUGUUGUACAUCAGAAAGUAGUCCUGCUAAGUGUGGUAUAAACGUUGUAUGGACUGAUAUAAAUCAUCGUAGACAAGGCAUAGCUACUAAACUAGUUGAUAUACUAAGAGGCCACUUCUAUUUCGGAUAUAUAUUGUCUUUAGAUGAUAUUGCAUUUUCAACUCCAACUCCAAGCGGAAAAAUAUUUGCUGAAAAAUAUACCAAAACACGAAAUUUCAAAGUUUACAGUUAAAAUUUAAUAUCAAUACAUAUAGGUGAUUUUUAAUCAAGAAAUUUUAUCGUAAUUUAUAGUAGUAAUACUAUCUGUCCGUUAAUAAGUUUAUAAAAAAAAUAAUUAAAUAUUUUUUAUCAUAUUUUGCACA